AGGGAGAUGACCCACCUGCAGAAGGAGGUGACGGCCAUCGAGACGAAGCUGGAGCAGAAGCGCAGUGACCGCCACAACCUGCUGCAGGCCUGCAAGAUGCAGGACAUCCGCCUGCCGCUGGCCCGGGGCUCCAUGGACGACAUCAGCCAGGAGGAGGGCGGUGGCACUGGCGAGGAGCCCGGGGGCAGCUCCCAGCGCAGCUCCAGCCUGUACGCGCGCGAGGCGCUGAUCGAGAUCGACUACAGCGACCUGCCCGAGGAGCUCAAGGUGAGACGGGCACACCUGGGCACACACCUGGGCGUGGGCACACACCUGGGCACAUGUCCCCUCUGUCCCCUCUGUCCCCUCUGUCCCCUCUGUGCAGAGUUCGAGGCCGCUCGCAAGCGCGCCAAGAAGGCCAAGCAGGCGUUUGAGCAGAUGAAGAAGGAGCGAUUCGACCGCUUCAACUCCUGCUUCGAGGCCGUGGCCACCAACAUCGACGAGAUCUACAAAGCGCUGUCGCGCAACAGCAGCGCCCAGGCGUUUUUAGGCCCCGAGAACCCCGAGGAGCCGUACCUGGACGGGAUCAAUUACAACUGCGUCGCCCCCGGGAAGCGAUUCCGGCCCAUGGACAACCUGUCCGGGGGCGAGAAAACCGUGGCUGCGCUGGCGCUGCUCUUCGCCAUCCACAGGUGGGACCCCAAAAUCUCCUGA